AUGCCACAGGCUAUGCUACUAGCAAGAAGUAUGACCUGCAGGAGGCUCAGAUCAAGUCAACCCUUGAGCAAUGGGGUGUCUUGGAAGGACAUUGAUCUGGACUUCCAGCGGGUUGGAGUCCCCAAGGAGAACCCGGAUUCUCAGCUUUCUUCAACAACAUAUCUGCGCAUGUUCGCUCAGGCAAAGGAUGCACAAACAGUUGGACGCGUGCCAGCUGCCUGGAUGUGGAAUAGCAUGCAACAUUACGCGGGAAUGCAUCGCACUCUCCAUGCGCAGUGCCAUCCCAAUUCCCUUCUUGGGAUUCUACCCGGUUACCUUCCCCCAGAGCGAACUCGACGAGGCCGUUAA